GCAGCGGUGGCGGUAGCAGCAGCUUUUUUCUCUUUAUAAGCACCACUGCAUUGCCCGGAUGUGAAUGGAUUACAAUGUAUCUUUCAGGGAAACGUAUUACUAUCAAUUUCUCCGUGGGGGAGUCUAUGGUGGUGGUGAUGAUGAUGAGAAGGAAGAGAGAUCUGUAAAGUUGGAACAAGUUUUCAGACUUUUUGUUGUUGUUGUUGUUUAAAAAAAAAAGACAAGGGAGGGAGGAUCGUAGUGCCACCGAGAUUUUUGAAAAUAGUUUAUUAGCAGCCAUGUGUGUAUAACGAAAGACACGAGGGAAAGUUACUGGAUCUUCCUUUUUUAUUUUUGUUGUGAUUUUUUAAUUUAUUUAUUUUUUGGCUGGCUUUUAAUUUUGCUUUAUUUGGGUGGGAAGACUUUUAUGGUGGAUAAUCAAAAAACUCUCAUCCGGUGUAAAAUUUGUGGAAUAUUUUCUGGAUCAAGGCUGAGUACGUGUUAAAAGUACUUCUUUUUUCUUUUUGAGAGUUAAACACACGUGAGAUAAUAAAGCACCUUUGGAGAAGAUUUCUCUCUUUUCUUCCCCUAAAAUACCUUUCCUUGGAAUAUUGUGAACAUAUUUGUGGCCAUUUAAGGUUUGUGUGAUUUUGCUAAAAUGCAUCAUCAACAGCGAAUGGCUGCCUUAGGGACGGACAAAGAACUCAGUGAUUUACUGGAUUUCAGUGCGAUGUUUUCACCUCCCGUGAGCAGUGGAAAAAAUGGACCAACUUCCUUGGCAAGUGGACAUUUUACUGGCUCAAAUGUAGAAGACAGAACUAGCUCAGGGUCCUGGGGGAACGGAGGACAUCCUAGUCCAUCCAGGAACUAUGGAGAUGGAACUCCUUAUGAACAUAUGACAAACAGGGACCUUGGAUCACAUGACAAUCUAUCUCCUCCUUUUGUGAAUUCCAGAUUACAAAGUAAAACAGAAAGGGGCUCCUAUUCAUCGUACGGGCGAGACUCAAACCUACAGGGUUGCCACCAGCAAAGUCUCCUCGGAGGUGACAUGGAAAUGGGCAACCCAGGCGCUCUCUCACCCACCAAACCUGGCUCUCAGUACUAUCAGUAUUCUAGCAAUAACCCGCGAAGGAGGCCUCUGCACAGUACCUCUGUGGAAGUACAAACAAAGAAAGUUCGAAAGGUUCCUCCAGGUUUACCAUCUUCAGUUUAUGCCCCUUCUGCAAGCACUGCCGACUACAAUCGGGAUUCGCCAGGCUAUCCAUCGUCGAAACCAGCAGCCAGCACUUUUCCUAGUUCCUUCUUCAUGCAAGACGGUCAUCACAGCAGUGACCCCUGGAGCUCCUCCAGCGGAAUGAAUCAGCCAGGUUAUGGCGGAAUGUUGGGCAAUUCUUCUCAUAUUCCACAGUCCAGUAGCUACUGCAGUCUUCAUCCUCAUGACCGCUUGAGCUACCCAUCACACUCCUCAGCAGACAUCAAUUCCAGUCUUCCUCCAAUGUCCACUUUCCAUCGCAGUGGCACAACCCAUUACAGCGCUUCUUCCUGUACGCCACCCGCAAAUGGAACAGAUAGCAUAAUGGCAAGCAGAGGAAGUGGAGCAGCAGGAAGUUCACAGACAGGCGAUGCGUUGGGGAAAGCACUUGCAUCUAUCUACUCUCCAGACCACACCAACAACAGCUUUUCAUCAAAUCCUUCAACUCCUGUUGGUUCUCCCCCUUCUCUCUCAGCAGGCACAGCUGUUUGGUCUAGAAAUGGAGGGCAAGCAUCAUCAUCUCCCAAUUAUGAAGGUCCCUUACACUCUUUGCAAAGCCGGAUUGAAGACCGCUUGGAAAGACUGGAUGAUGCUAUUCAUGUCCUCCGGAACCAUGCAGUGGGGCCUUCAACUACGAUGCCCGGUAGUCAUAGCGACAUGCAUGGCUUAAUAGGACCCUCUCAUAAUGGAGCAAUGGGAGGGCUUGGGUCAGGAUAUGGAACAGGUCUUCUUUCAGCCAAUAGACAUUCGCUAAUGGUUGGGGCUCAUCGUGAAGAUGCCGUUGGCCUCCGUGGCAGCCAUUCGCUCGUGCCAAACCAGGUUCCAGUUCCGCAGCUGCCAGUACAGUCUGCUACAUCUCCCGACUUAAACCAGCCUCCAGAUCCAUACAGAGGCAUGCCAACUGGACUUCAAGGACAAAGCGUAUCUUCAGGGAGCUCCGAAAUCAAAUCUGAUGACGAAGGAGACGAAAACCUCCAGGACCCAAAAUCUUCUGAGGACAAGAAGUUAGACGAUGACAAGAAGGAUAUCAAAUCAAUUACUAGGUCAAGAUCUAGCAAUAAUGACGAUGAAGAUCUUACACCGGAGCAAAAAGCAGAGCGUGAGAAAGAAAGGAGAAUGGCCAACAAUGCCCGUGAGCGCCUCCGGGUCCGUGACAUCAACGAGGCUUUCAAGGAACUGGGCCGGAUGGUGCAGCUCCACCUGAAGAGCGACAAGCCCCAAACCAAACUUUUGAUCUUGCAUCAAGCUGUAGCGGUUAUCCUCAGCUUAGAGCAGCAAGUCAGAGAAAGGAAUCUGAAUCCUAAAGCAGCAUGUCUGAAAAGAAGGGAAGAAGAGAAAGUAUCUUCAGACCCUCCUCCACUUUCUUUGGCAGGACCCCACCCUGGUAUGGGAGACACAUCUAAUCACAUGGGACAGAUGUAAAAAGAAAAAGGUCCAAGUUGCCACAUUUUUCUUCAUGUAAACCAGAGACCACUUCCUUAACAGCUGUAUUAUCUUAAAACCACAUAAACACUUAACCCCCCUUUUUGUAAUAUAAUAAGACAAGUCUGAGUAGUUACGAAUCACAGACGCAAGAGAUUUCAGCAUUCCCAAUUUCGAAACAAAAAGAAAAAGAAAAGUGCAACUUGAGAGACACCUCUCUUCAACAUAUCAUUCAGAAUGUUUCAAGCAGUAUGUUAGGAGCUGUAAAUGCACAGCCGAGAGACUGAAUGGCAAUCUUCUCCACACUGUGGGACAAUGCAUUUGUGCCUAAACUUCUUUUGGAAAAAAAUAUAUAAUUAAUUUGUAAGUCUGAAAAAAAAAAUAUUUAAUUUAAAAAAAUUGUAAACUUGCAAUAAUGAAAAGUGUACUUCUGAAGAAAAAAAAAUGAACGUUUUCGUUGGUGUACUAGUCAGCUAGUGUUUAUACUUACUGGAUAUUAAAAAGGGAAGCAUUGCUACCCACAUAUUUACAAAACCAGCAAACGUCGUAAUGAAAACUGAAGUGAUGACAUUAGCCAUUCCUUAGGGUAGGAGGAACAGAUGGAUCUUAUAGACCUAUGACACACACACAUACACACAAACACACACAUAUAUAAAUAUAUAUAAAUAUAUAUAUAAAUAAAUAUAUAUAUAUUAAAAUUAGUGAAUAUGGUAAGCUUUUGUUCAUUUGUUUCAGACUUUUUGCUCCUGUAAAAAAAAAAAAAGUACUGAUUAACUUUUUUAAAAAGAAGAUUUUACUGUAAAUAAGGGAAUUUUUUUUUUGUCUUAUUUCUCUGCCACUCCUCCUUUGGUUCUUUACUGUAACCUGUAGUGCCAACUCUGUUGCUGGAAGGGCAGUUCAGGAUGAAACGCUGACCCUGAUGUUGCUUAUCAUUCAUAAAUAGAGUUGUUUCUUCAGUCUUUUGGGGAGAAUACAAGACUUGACAAGUCACAUCAUGUGCAGCUAAACUGCAAGCAACUGAGACUUGGCCCAAAACAGUCAUUUUUGUGGGGGGAGGGGGGAAUCAUAAAAGUUGCUCUCAUUUAGACCCUAUUUCUGGGAUUUUCAGAGGUACAAGGUUAGAAUGCUACAAUGUUACCACUGUGCCUUCCAAUGUUUAUAUCAUCGAAAACAUAACAUAAUCAAAGGUGGCUGUGAUUUAACAAACCAGUAGAAGUGUUAACUUUAAUGUGUGUAGCCUAAAUAUAGUAUGCAGCGAGGCAUUUCAGAAUACAUGGUCAGAUUUGGUAGGGCAGGCAGGGAGGGGGAGAUUUCAAAUGGGGAAAUUGCUAGUUGUAUGACAGAUUUUGAUUUUUUUUUUCAAAAAAACCUUUUUUUAAGGGAUUACUGAAAGGUAGACCAUAUGCUGCCACCUCCUUCAUUCAUGGGGAAAAAAUGCCAAUAUCCAGUUGUCAUGCAGCAUUAGAACAAGCCUUACCCGUUCUAAAGCAUUGAGUUGCACUUUCUUGAGGAGGGGGGAAUAGAACAGUAUUUCUCUGGCCAGUAUGAAUCAAGUUUUUACUUAACAUAUAUAUAUAAUAAUAAUAAGCAUAGAUCAAACCCGUGGCCCAGCAAUUCAUCCAGUGACUAGCUUUGGAUGCAACCGAACUAGUAUCCAUAGCAAAUCUUAUAAAGAUUGACUUUGGUAUAUAGAACAAUUAACAAAUUGUGCUCCUAAUUAAGUUUUUGUCAGCAUCCUUUUGUCUCCAGUUCCAGCUUCUGGUUGUUGUUUUUAAAAUAGCCACGCAAACUUGGCAUGUAUUUUUUGAAUGAACUCUCCCUGUUCACAUAGAUUUUCCACCUAUCAGCACUGAGUAAAUGCCAUAAGUCCAUUGAAAAAACGGUCUAGAUGUUCCAUCUGUUCUCCUGUUUUGCCAGUUACAUAGUAAUGGGAAAAAAAUACAUUUGUAAAUUUUAUGCAACAAAAUGGCAAGCGUAUCAUUAUUUUGAAAUUGUGUAUGUAAAAGUUAUAUUUUUACAUGUAGACUCUUGUUAUUAUGUGUUUUAAUACAUUGUAUCAGUUUUUUGUUUUUUGUUUUUUAAAAACUGUGUGGUUGAAACAAAAUCUCAUUUCAAUGACAUGAGAAUCUGAUUUUUAUGUUUCUGAAAAACAUAAAGAACAAAUAUGAUAGUUUACCAUGUGAACCACCCUCUACAUAUCCCAUAAACAUUUUGAUUACCUAUGUGUGCGUGUUGAAAAUUGUAAAUAUGUUCACAAGCAGUAAAACUUUAAAUGCUUUUAUUUGUUAAUAAGUUUCUCAAAUGUGGAGGUGGAUUAAAAGCAUUAUAAUUAAAUGCAUAAUAGAGCAGCGUCCAUGUUAGUUUAAGUCAGAGCCACAAAUGAGUAUUUCAUUACAAAUGCCGUACUUUUAAUAGACUUUCUUUAAAUGUUAAUGUGUGUGGUCAUCCAAAUUCAUUUAAUUACUGAUAUUCAGAACAAGCUAAAGGAUUCUCUUUUAAUUGUCAAGCAUAUUAAUACUGGUCAGUAUUCAAAAUUCAAGAAAUGCAAAUAGUUAUGGGGGAAUUUGUUUCUUCAGGAGAUGAGUUUAUGCUAAAAAUCGAAAACGGCUGUCAAAUUCCAUAAUUACUGAAAGUUUUUUUUUUUCAUUUGCUUAUGUCAAUAACAUCAAGAUUUCAAUCACCCUCCUCAGUCUGUAAGAUUGUUGAGUACUGCCCACUUGUAUUUUGAAAAGGUAAUGUUCUGAUAUGAAUAUCAGAAAAAAUGAACCUAAAAUUAUUAUUUCUUAAUUUAACAAUUAGGAGCCUUAAAUGAUAAGAUAGAAGUCAGGUAGCAAAUGCAAAUCAAAGUAACCAUAUUUUUAUUUUAUCUUAUUUUAUUAAUUGCCCAGCUUGAUGUAAUUAUGUCAGCCUUUAAACAUGCACAGUCAAGAUCACUCCUUAUCAGUGAUAAAAGGAUGGAUAUUUUUUUUAAAAAAAUCCAUACUUUCAGUGUGUGCUUAUGGGCAGAGCAUGAUUCUAAACAGCAAUAGUGAUUGUGAUGUACUUAGAACCAGGAGAAGGUUAGUUAUGUAAAAAAAGCCAAACUUGUCUGUAUGGUUUUGAGAUGGUUUUGUGUUCCAUAAUGGAAUUUAAACUUGAAAAUUAAGCAGUCGCACUGUUUUUUGUGGGGGGGGGGGAGUGGUUCUGCAUUGAUGCAUUAAUUUAGUGUGUGUCCAUAAGAAAAAAAAGACAUCAAGAACUCCUUAGCCUUUGCUACUGCUAUCGUUUUCAUACAGGUAUCCAUGAGGCAGCUGCUACUUGUUAGUAGAUCUGGUAGUGAUUUCUCUUUUAAGACCAAGGAGGGCCAUGGAUUGUACGGUAACAAAUAGUACUCAGAAACUAUUCUGUAGGAACCUAUCAGAACUUUAGGAAGUGAUCCACCUCCACAUUCAAGUAAUUUAUGAAUAUGCUGAUUAGGGAAAUCUGUUCAUCUAGAACUUUUUUUAAAAAACAUUUGUCUUAUGUGUAACUGCAAGGAACACUAAUGUUUAUACAACUGUCAGUUCAACCAGUGAUGCAACUUGUACCGAUGCAGUCUUCCGAUUUGUUUUUGUGUUUAAUUUCAUUUGGCGGGUGGGAGCGGGUGGGGUGGAAUUUGCAAGUUUCAUCUUUCUAUCUGAUAGGCACGUGCAAUCUGUGCCGAAAGGUGAACAAUACAUACAUUGCCAGGAACGAAGAGAAUUCAUCAGGGGAGAAAAAGCACAAAUAAAUUAAACUUAGUCCACGGACUGACUUAAGGAGGAGAAAAUAAAAAGAUAUCCUAAAGAUGGAAUAUGAUGAAUUCUAACACCAUGGGGCACCAAGACCUUUUCGGCUUCUUGUUUUUAUUUUUCUUUCUUUUUUAAAUGACAUAUUCUUUCUCAUGGGACUUGAAGUUGAUUCACCUUUGUGCAGUGCUGGUUUGACCAUACUCAUUUCAAGUAUUAUAGACUUAUGUAAUGGUGAAAAUAUAUGAACUGUGGCCUUUUUCAUUCUUGUUACUUGUGAUGCAACUAAGUGAAGAUAAGAGAAAAAAAGCAGAGAUUUACCAUGUAUCAGUGCCUGGCUUUUUGUUACAAAGCUUCGUUUGUCUAGUGACCUUUUUGCUAUAAAAUAGACUGUAGUACACCCUAUUAGGAUAAAAGAAAACCCUAAAUUUAAAAAUAAAAAAAAUAUAUUUGGCUUAUUUUUCACAGGAGCAAUCCUUUUAUACCAUAAAUAUUGCAAGGGGGAAAAUUGUCGGAUUCUGAAUAUUUCUUCUUUGUAGAUUUUUGGAAUCAUUCUGAGUAAAAGUUUGUUACUUUAUUUUACUAUUUAAAAGAUGUUAUUUUACCAUGUGUUACCGAGAUGAAAUUGUAUGGUAGCUUCUUUUUUCUUUUUUUCUUUUUUUAGUUGUAGGUCGCAGUGGGGAAAUUUUUUGCGACUGUACACAUAGCUGCAACAGUUAAAAAGAAAAAGAAAAAAAAUGAAAAAAGGGAAAAAUAUAAAAGGGACAAAAAGGAAAAAAAAAAGAUAAAACAGUUACACUUUGUUUUCAAUGUGUGGCUGAGUGCCUCAAUUUUUUUCAUGUUUUUGGUGUAUUUCUGAUUUGUAGAAGUGUCCAAACAGGUUGUGUGCUGAGUUUCUUCAAGAAGAAAAACACAGCUUUCUGUAGGCCAUUACCUGUUUUCCAUCUGUAGUUAUUCGAUGCCGUCAUGUACAUGACCGUUCUGUAGCAAUAAAUGUGCCAUUUUUAUAAA